AGCACUACACCGGAAAUCCUCUUGCUGCCAUUUUAGGUUUAGCCGCGCAGCGUGUUCAGUCCCGGUUCUUGUAAUGUAACGUUGUUUUUUGGCUUUUAAGUUCAGUCUCACACUUUCCCUUUUUUUAAGUUUACGAUACAGUUGUUGACCAAGGAUGAGUUACGGCAGGCCUCCGCCCGAUGUUGAGGGGAUGACUUCGUUGAAAGUCGACAAUCUGACUUAUCGAACAUCGCCAGAAACGCUGCGGCGUGUUUUUGAGAAGUAUGGCCGAGUUGGGGACGUCUAUAUUCCCAGAGAUCGGUACACAAAGGAGAGCCGUGGGUUUGCCUUUGUUCGUUUCCAUGAUAAAAGAGACGCUGAAGAUGCAAUGGACGCAAUGGACGGAGCCUUGCUAGAUGGGCGAGAACUUCGCGUCCAGAUGGCUCGCUACGGGCGCCCGCCAGACUCCCAUUACGGGCGCCGCGGAGGACCUCCCCGGAGAUACAGUGGAUACGGACGGAGAAGUCGCAGCCGCAGUCCACGGCGCAGGAGACACAGCCGAUCGAGGAGCAGGAGUCGCUCUCGUUCCCGAAGUAGAUCUCGUUACAGCCGCUCCAGAUCCAGGUCUUACUCCAGGUCCCGGUCUAGGUCUCGCUCUCGUUCCAAAACCCGCACACCACGUAGAAGCAAGUCCAAGUCAGCGUCGAGGUCCCGCUCAAGGUCCAAGUCAAAGUCUCGGUCCAGGAGUCGCAGCCCUCGAUCCAACAGGGGGUCCAAGUCGAGGUCCAGAUCCCGAAGCAGACCCAAAUCUCCUGAAGCCAAUGGAACUGCCCAAGAGUCAUGAACCCAAGCUUAGGUAAGAACGACAUCGGAAUAUAAAAAAAGUUGACACUGGUGUGGGGUCUUUUUUUUUUUUUUUUUUCCUCUUUCCCCCCCAUAAAGUAUGUCCCUUCAAGUUUGAUUUAAGUUUUCGUUUUGUGAUCGCUGUUCCUGAGGCUUCUAUUACUAACUGCAAAUAUGCAGGUUCACAUCAGGAGAAGUGGAUGAAGAAUAUCUGCCAUGUUAUGUUCUUGGUUGACAUGAUGCUCUUUAAAUUACAAAUGCACUGUUAGACUAUACAUUUUAUUUCAAGUGUUAACUUUUUUUGGGACCAUUAUCUGCUGCAUCCUUUGGGAAAUGAUGCAUGAUCUGAAGGAAUGCAUGAUUUUAGGUGUCUUUUAAUGCACACCCUGAUACUGAUUUGGAGCAGCCAAAGGUAAAAUCGUAAGUAUUUAAUUAUUUGAAAACAAUGGAUUGUGGGUGGUAAAUCUUUCAUCUAAAUGUGGAAUUCUCUCCUCCAAGCUGCUGAUUCCUGUUUGCAAAAGAGGAGUUUGGGGGCAGUUUGAGAGCAGUUAGUGUGUGAUCCGACCAUUGGCUGGCUGCUGCUGGUUGGCGGUUGCUAUGGAGCAGGUCGGUCUCAUUGAGUGUUGAGGUGGUGUUGAGGUACGUUCGAAGGACAAUGGACUGAGGCCCUUUUCAUCAUCCUUGUCAUACGCCCAUGUCUAUGGUUGCAUAGACAAAAGCAGGAUGGAAAUGGUAUGGUUUCUUUAAAGCUAGUUUAAGGAGUCAGCAAGCUGUCAUAACUGACCUGUGGUUCUUUAUUGCAAAAAUUUGUAAUGCAGCACUUUGCUGCCUGACUGUUAGUCUGCUGACAUCUUAAAGUAUGCUUUUAGAAAUGCAUACCCUACCCCCAGGUUUGUUGGCUUAUUUCUGAGGUUACUCAACCCCAAGUAGGGCAUACAACUAACUUGAGCAACUUUCAGACACUUGUUGCUCUAUAUACAAGUGUUAAAGGUGUGCUUUACUAAAUGUGGAUUUAUUUUUUUUUUCCUCUCUUUUUAAAUUGAAGGUAACAAAGUGAGCAUUGCUUAACCAGCAGUUGCCACUUUUUAUGGAGACGUACAAGCCGCAAUUUGCUUGUAUAACUGAAAUGUUGUCUACUUUUAAGUUCUUCAAAGCUCACUAACUCUUUUCUUUCCUAGAUGAUCUCAGAUGAUUGAGACUUCAAUAUGAGGAUCGCUUCGAAUGGGGGAAAAUCCAUCUGAGGAUUUCUAAGUUCACCUGAUAUCAGACCAAAAGGUUAUUGUAACUUGGUCUACAUCUUUUAAAGGAUUCAUUCUUUCAGUUUACCAGACAAUUCUGUAUCACUUUUUGAAGUUUGUGAUCAUAUGCAAUUGAAUAUUUACACAAGUGACAUUUAGGUGAACAUUUAUUUUUUUGGUAGUUUUUGCAUUUGUUUAGUACCUCAUGUAAUUGAAUCUCCCAGACAAAGUAAGUUCAUUUUAAUCACAACUCAUAAUCCUUAAUGACCCAUUGUGUAUUCGGGUCUUCAAUGUAGUAGGUUUUUUUUGUUUGUUUUUUUUUUCUCUCCCUUCUUUACUGAUUUAGGGAAGAUUUGGCCAGAUUUUCAUUUGGAUAAAAGCUAAAAUCUUGUAAAAUUUACUUUUGCAGUUGCUGAGCGAACGCUUUUGUGUUAAUUGCUAAUUUCACAAAAUUGAUUUUCUAAUAUUCUUUCUUGUGUAUCUUUUGUGCACUAGGCGCAGUUGCGCAGCAGUUGAGUAUUGCUGGUUAGCUGUUAAGGUGGCGUGUUGCGGUGCAGAGUGCUUGGCUGUUUCCGGUAUUCUCCUGAUUGCUCCUGUGUAACGGCUUGAUUUGACGGUUUUUAAGAUGAAGCGCAUCGUCCUUUUGUAAAAUGAUCCUGUGCAGGUUCUUCAGUGACAACCUUGUGUGUUUUAUUCAGACAUUGGGAGGUAGUGCACCAUCACAUUUUCAAUAGCAGCUUUUGUCAUAUGGGGGAAAAUACAUAAUUGUAAAAUUCAUGUGAAUGCUAAUAAACUUCCUUUUGUGUUUA